UGAACAACCCAAAGACUCUUUCCAUCAAUUCAAUUCUCCUCCUUAUAUUUUUGGUUAAUAUUCAUUGCUUUAGACGAUCGGCAAAGAAACACAACGCUGGAUCUUCCAUGGUGCAAAGGACCGUCUUGAAGGUUGAUGUUUCAUGCCAGAAAUGCAAGAAGAAGCUUCUCAAAGCUGUCUCUCAGCUUGAUGACGUAGAUAAAAUAGAAGUGGAUGAAGGGAAGGGGACGCUGGCAGUGACAGGAAAUGCAGAUCCAUAUAAGAUAAUAGUACGCACGAGAAAAGCAGGAAAACAUGCAGAGGUGGUGAGUAUUGGGGCUCCUCCUCCGCCGCCCAAACAGCCGCAGGCAAGUGAUCAGCAAAAGAAGCCAGAUGAUAAGAAGAAGGAUGACAAGGCCCAAAUCCAUGAUCUUCCCCUCAGUUUCCCCCAUUAUCAGAGAAUUGUUGUUGUUCCAAUGGGCUAUCACGAGCCCAACCCAUCUUGCUCUAUCAUGUGAUUUUUUUCCUUGUCUUCUAGAAAAUUAAUCUUUUUAUUUUACUUAUUUAUUGU